AUGUAGCCCAAAUCGCUUAUUUUAUGAAUACUUUUGCAAUAUUGAAGAAAGCAACUUGAUAUUUGGCAUGCAUGUGUAUCUCAUGGAGCUGCACAUUUUGAGUGAUGAAAGGUCAAGGUCAAGGUCAUCCUUCAAGGUCAGAGGUCAAAUAUAUGUGGCCCAAAUCGCUUAUUUUAUGAAUACUUUUGCAAUAUUGAAGAUAGCAACUUGAUAUUUGGCAUGCAUGUGUAUCUCAUGGAGCUGCACAUUUUGAGUGGUGAAAGGUCAAGGUCAUCCUUCAAGGUCAAGUAUAUGGGUCAAAAUUGCGCAUGUAAUGUCACUUCUGCAAUAUUGAAGCUAGCAAUUUUAUAUUUGAAAUGCGUGUGUAUCUCAAGGAGCUGCACAUUUUGAAUGGUGAAGGGUCAAGGUCAAGGUCAUCCUACAAGGUCAAACAUCAUACAGGGGGACAUUGUGUUUCUCAAACACAUCUUGUUAAAGGUCACAAUUACAAAGGAUCUUAUAGUUAAUACAAAUGUUUUGUGUUUGCUGCAAAAUAAAUUUCGGGAGUAAAACAAUAUUCUAAGCUCAUCUUUCUUCUGCCUGGUUUUAAUACAAGGAAAUUGUGCAUGAAGAAUCAUUACCAAGAUGGUAAGAAACCGAAUGAUACAAAAUUGAGAACAUACCCAGUAAUCAGAGAUGUGAUAUGCAAAAAUGGGUCUUAUGUCAUAUGCCCCAUAUGCCAAGACCAGUGUAGCGCCAGCCAAGCAUGCGUUAUGGCGUAGUAGUGUCAGGUUUUCUGUGCACUAUAAACACAAGGUUUCCUUGUCCCAAAUAUUUGCUUCAGACAUAAUUGCAGGGUUGUGCAGGCUGUCCUGGAGCUACACUGGCCACAUAUGGCACCUGCAUGGUUGUGCAGGCUGUCCUGGAGCUACACUGGCCACAUAUGGCACCUUCAGGGUUGUGCAGGCUGUCCUGGAGCUACACUGGCCACAUAUGGCACCUGCAGGGUUCUGCAGGCUGCUCUGGAGCUACCCUGACCACAUAUGGCACCUGCAGGGUUCUGCAGGCUGCUCUGGGGCUACACUGGCCACAUAUGGCACCUGCAGGCUGUCCUGGAGCUACACUGGCCACAUAUGGCACCUGCAGGGUUGUGCAGGCUGCUCUGGAGCUACACUGGCCACAUAUGGCACCUGCAGGGUUGUGCAGGCUGCCCUGGAACUACACUGGCCACAUAUGGCACCUGCAGGGUUCUGCAGGCUGCUCUGGAGCUACACUGGCCACAUAUGGCACCUGCAGGCUGCUCUGGAGCUACACUGGCCACAUAUGGCACCUGCAGGCUGUCCUGGAGCUACACUGGCCACAUAUGGCACCUGCAUGGUUGUGCAGGCUGCUCUGGAGCUACACUGGCCACAUAUGGCAGCCAUUUACGCAUUAUAUAUGUGUAAGAUAAUUAUCUCCUCCUGGACUGAAGUGGCCAACGACCUGAACUAAUAGCUCUCUAGCUUCUUAAACUUUCAAAAGAAAGAAUCACUGUUUUAUGUUAAUUUCAAACAUCUUGGAUUAUGAUAUACAAAUUGUGUGACUGCUGAAAAGCAUUCAAUGGUGAAUAAGGGUACACUUAAUGUUUUUGUGAAUGCCUAACAAAAUAUGAUAUUAGCUUAAACUUUUUUUAUGGUCAGAAAAUUAUUCUUGCUGAUAAUGUGAUAUUGUACCAAAUCAGAUAACUAUUUAUUUGAUAUUUUAUACACAAAAUUUUGUUGAUAAUGAACAAACUUGUUUGUUUGAUGUAUUUUGAUGAAAACUCCAGUAAGAGAGGUAUCUAAGUGCAAUAGAGUGUUUAAUAACUUUUGUUUAAAACAGAAAUUGAUACACAGCAUUUGUGUCUGUUUAUUUAAUGUAUGUUAUUAUUAUAAUUAAAAUAUUAGAUUAAAGUUUGAAAUAUGAAAAUGUCAAAUGUACUGAAAGUGUUGUACAAUAUGCUAAAUAUUGGUAGAAUAACAUGAUGUGUUCAACAAUGGUUAUGUGGAUAUAAGCUCUUUGGUAUGUAACCUUUAUGAUUUAGUUCAUAGUAUCUUAUUUUAGCCUAUACCAGUUGUUCUGAGCUGAUUCUCAUAUUUUUGUACCAUUUUCAAAUGGAAGUAAUUAUGAAUGCACAUUUUACUUAUAGUCACAAAGAUCUUUUAGGAGAAAGAUUUAUAAAAACAAUAACAUUGUUGACAAGCUUUUAAAUAAUAAUUCAGAAUGGUAAACAGCAAAACAAUCCUUUUCAAGCAACUUUUAAGAUUCUCAUGUACAUUGUUUCACUUCUUGUUGUAAUAUAACAAACAUCAGCUUCUUUUAUAUUAUGAUGGCAUAAUAAUCAGAUCUUUAACCAGUGUUAUGUUUAUUCCAUUAAAUACUAUAAAUAGUUUGUUACAAACACGAGCAAAAUAAAGCUUGAGAAAAAU